AUGUCGAGUGCAUCUGCGUCUUUCCUCCCCGCGGAGAAUGCGGGCGAGGAUGAUCCCACACCAGACUCCGCUUCCUAUCUCCCCGACGAGUUCGACUUCUCUGGCACGCCGUCGAACAAUUUUGGCCAGGACUUUUCAGCCGACGACCAUGCUGCGCCCGACGCCAAGCAGAUGAAGACCCCGCUUCCCAUGCAAAAGAGGCGUCGGGUAACCCGUGCUUGCGAUGAGUGUCGGCGCAAGAAAAUCAAAUGCGAUGGGAAGCAGCCUUGCACCCAUUGUACUGUCUAUAGUUAUGAAUGCACCUACGAUCAACCCUCCAAUCGCCGCCGCAACCCCGCACCACAAUACGUCGAAGCCCUGGAAAAUCGUUUGCACAAAGCAGAAGCUCUCCUCCGCGUUGUUGUCCCUGAUCUGAAUCUCGACGAUCCGCAAUUCGAUGUCCAUGCGACGGAGCAGCUCCUGUCAGCGAUUAGACGAGAAAAGCUCCAAGAGCAACCAGCGCAGCCACAGCCACAACCACCACCUGCGCAGCAGUCUGACACGAAUGGCUCCGCGGACGCUACCGGCCCGGACGAAGCAGGGGGCGACGAGUCUUUAUUAGAAUCAAUGGUCGACAAAUCUGGGUGUCUCGAUCUCGAUGACCAGGGUCAUUGGGAUUACCACGGCCAUACAUCUGGUAUAAUCUUCCUCCGCCGCCUGCGGAAACAGCUUGGAGUUCCCCAGCCAGGCAAUGGCGACCUCCAUCUGCGCACACGGCCCGCCCUGCAGCAUUUUCUCGAGAGCCCCAAGUCCACGUCUGAAUCACCACAAGAGGCAUCCUUGCCCCCGACGCACGAUUUGCCGCCCCGGGACGUUGCACGACGUUUGUGUCACAAUGCCCUUGACGAUGGCUGUGCGCUGAUUCGGUUCGUGCACGAGCCAUCCUUUUAUGCCAUGUUCGAUCGAAUUUACGACACACCUCCGGAGCAAUUUACGAACGAAGAAAAUUCAUUCUUGCCGCUGCUUUAUAUCGCCAUGUCCGUCGGCUGCUUGUUUUCCGAUGAUGGGGCUGGAACCCUCGAUGUCUCGGGAUAUGAAAGUGCGAUCGGUCAAGGAUUUAAAUACUUCAAAGCAGGACGACAGCUGCUUGAGAUUACUGAUUGCCGUGAUCUCUCAUCUCUGCAAGCGAUCUGUUUCAUGGUUCUCUUCCUGCAGUCAUCUGCGAAGCUGAGCACUUGCUAUUCGUAUGUCGGAAUUGCUUUGCGCUCCUCUCUCCGACUUGGUCUGCAUCGCUCGGUGACUACGAAUUUCAAUCCCGUCGAGCGGGAAUUGCGCCGUCGCAUUUUCUGGGUUAUCCGGAAAAUGGAUGUCUAUGUGAGCACCCUGCUGGGUCUCCCGCAGAUGUUGAGCGAUGACGACAUCGACCAAGAAUAUCCCCUUCCGAUCGACGGCGAGUUUAUCACUGAGAACGGGAUUUUGCCGACGCCAGAAGGUCGGAUACAUGCCAUGGUUGGGGCUAACGCGCACACUCGACUGUCGAUUAUUGUUCUCAAGAUCGUCAAAUACAUUUACCCUCUUAAGACUGCCCAGCAUCGGUCCAAGUCAGAUCAGCGCUAUGUCGUGAGCCACUCUAAAAUUCGGGAGAUUGAGCGCGAUCUUCAAACUUGGAUGGAAGAACUUCCUGCGGCGCUACGGCCGGGCACGGAAGUUGCUCCGCAGAUAGAAAGAAUCCGUCAACUUUUACGUAUCAGCUAUGCCCAUGCACAGAUGGUUAUGUACCGACCAUUCCUUCACUAUGUUUCCAGUGGCUCACAAGCCCGAGGUGUGGACCGACGAUCGUACGCCUGUGCCGCUGCAUGUGUCAGCGUUUCCCGAAAUAUUGUUCAUAUCACCACUGGGAUGCAUAAAAAGGGACUCCUCAAUGGGUCUUUCUGGUUUACCAUGUACACCACAUACUUUGCCAUUCUGUCACUUCUUUUCUUUGUACUCGAAAACCCCGACUCACCGACGGCAAAGGAUGGGGUCCUCAAGGACGCCAUGGAAGGUAAAAACACACUCGCUGGCCUAGCAAAGAAGAGUCUUGCAGCCGAUCGCUGCUCGCAGAGUCUCAUCAGUCUCUUCAAGAAUCUUCCUGAGAUGCUUAAAAACCGACAGAGCUCGAAGACACAAGUCAAUUUGAAGAGGCCAGCGCCCUCAAAUCAACCUGCGCCAGACGUGGGACCUCCGCAGCGAGCGAGCACGUUCCCGAACCAACUUCUCACGCGCCCAACCAAACCGGACGUUAGCCAGACACCCAAGAGCUUAGAUGAUAACCAGCCUCCUCGAUCGCCAGCGCGGAAAUCACGCGCUAACCGCCGAUCAUGGGCCCAGCCUACUGAACAUCCCGCAAGUGUCGCUACAACACCAUCGGAGACUACGCCACCUUCGGCUAGUACACCGUCGAUGAUACCUCAGACGUUGCCGAUACGGGAUACCACCACGGGACAAUUCAAUCAACAAUUCCCGAACAACGCCGCUGCUUUCCCCGAUCUCAUGAACAUCAUGUUCCCGUCGGAUGACCCAUUCGCUUAUCCGAAACAACCCAUGUCGACGUUGGAGGAUGGUCACUUCCGAAUGGACGGAACGGGCACUACAGCGCCCUUCUCAUCCGCAAUGUCGACCAUGAUAGAUCAAAACAUCGGCGCGCCGAAUGUCAGCAGAGGCCUUGACCCCCUUGGCGGCCUCCCUCUGUUCCAGGGUGGGCAACCCCAGUCCAGCAUGGGCGCCGCACUCUCAGGCCGGCUAUCAAAUUCUCGGAUGCAGUCACCAGUUUCGCACGGAUCCACAACGGGCGAGGCCGUGAACAGCCCAGAUCUCGUGUCGAUCCCGAACCAGAACUUCGUCUGGCAGGGGUACGGAUCCGGUAUCGACCAGCCGCAGAACUUUGUCCCCGAUGCGACAAUGCAGCAGAUGCCCACCGGGAACGAGCAGGGUUUUGGCAUGGGAACCGACGAUAACGCUUUUAAUGUUGGUCUUGAUCUUCCCUUGGAUGAUAUAUUUGGCAACCCCGAUAUCAAGAACGGGUUCCCUAGUGAUGAUUGGACUCAAUGGAUGAACAUUGGGUAG